CGCUGGCAGAAUACUCGCGGUUGGAUCUUUGGCGUAAUUAGGCACGAGUGUGAGUCCGUACCGUUUUGUGUAUUCUCCAAAUUCAAUUUUCCAUCCGGCGACAGACCUCGUUCAUAGCUUGAGCAGCACUUCAGGCAGGUGCAGCGUUCAGUUUAAGAGGCCGGGGCCAGUUCAGUUUCAGUCACAAUUUUGUGUUCGAGGACUUUCUCGCCGAAGAGACUGAAUUGUCUUUGCUUGGACUAAAUUGCAUUACGAAAUCCUUCUUGCGGGUGUGAAGCAAUUCGACACAGAAUAUUGUGCUAGUGGGCUCCGUUUCAGUUCUAGUGUGAGAUAUCGAGCCUUCGCCAAGUGUUCUAAAUUAAGACAUAACUGAGUGCGUUUCGAGGUGUCAUAGUGCGUGUGGAUUUGAUUUUGGGGAAAAGUUAGAGUAGCGCCAGCAGGAGCCAUGUCGAAGCCGCAGUCUGAUAUCGACAAGAGGAAGCAGAUUAGUGUCCGCGGGAUCGCCCAAGUGGAGGAUGUGACUGAGGUGAAGAAGACCUUCAACCGACACUUGCAUUACACCCUCGUCAAGGAUCGUAAUGUGGCCACCCCGCGGGACUACUACUUCGCUUUGGCGCACACUGUCAAGGACCACUUGGUCGGGCGUUGGAUCCGCACCCAACAACAUUACUAUGAGAAGGACCCUAAGCGAGUUUAUUACCUGUCCUUGGAAUAUUACAUGGGCCGUUCACUGCAGAACACCAUGAUUAACUUGGGGAUCCAAGGUGCUUGCGACGAAGCUAUGUACCAGGUUGGACUCGACAUUGAGGAGCUGGAAGAACUGGAAGAGGAUGCUGGAUUGGGUAAUGGUGGCUUGGGACGUUUAGCUGCUUGCUUCUUGGAUUCGAUGGCAACCCUUGGAUUGGCUGCUUAUGGUUAUGGCAUUCGUUACGAAUACGGUAUUUUCGCACAGAAAAUUAAGAAUGGCGAACAAGUUGAAGAGCCAGAUGAUUGGUUGCGUUUUGGCAACCCUUGGGAGAAAGCACGUCCUGAAUUUAUGUUGCCGAUCAACUUUUAUGGACGUGUAAUGGAUACACCUGAAGGAAAGAAAUGGGUUGAUACACAAAUUGUUUAUGCCAUGCCAUACGACAACCCAAUUCCAGGAUAUGGAAACAAUCAUGUCAAUACUCUUAGGUUAUGGUCAGCAAAGAGUCCUAUUGAUUUCAAUUUGAAGUUCUUCAACGAUGGUGACUACAUUCAAGCCGUCCUUGAUCGUAAUUUGGCUGAGAAUAUCUCCCGUGUCCUCUAUCCCAACGACAACUUCUUCGAGGGCAAAGAAUUGCGAUUGAAACAAGAAUACUUUAUGUGUGCCGCUACUUUGCAGGAUAUUAUUCGUCGUUACAAAUCAUCGAAAUUCGGCACUCGCGAAGCCGUCCGUCAAGACUUCAAGCACUUCCCCGACAAGGUUGCUAUCCAAUUGAACGAUACUCAUCCAUCCCUAGCCAUUCCGGAAUUAAUGAGAAUCUUGGUCGAUGUUGAGAAACUUCCAUGGGACGAGGCUUGGGAUGUGACCGUACGAACUUGUGCCUACACAAAUCACACUGUUUUGCCUGAAGCUUUAGAACGCUGGCCUGUAUCUAUGUUGGAAUCUAUUUUGCCAAGACAUUUACAAAUUAUUUAUCAUAUUAAUUUCUUGCACAUGGAAAAUGUCAAGAAAAAGUUCCCAGGCGAUUUGGACCGUAUGCGUCGUAUGUCUUUAGUUGAAGAGGACGGUGAGAAGCGCAUCAACAUGGCUCACUUGUCUAUUGUUGGGUCUCAUGCUGUUAAUGGUGUAGCGGCUAUUCACUCUGAAAUUAUUAAACAGGAAAUCUUCAAGGACUUCUAUGAAAUGGAACCCCAGAAAUUCCAAAAUAAAACAAACGGUAUCACUCCACGUCGCUGGCUGUUACUUUGCAAUCCUGGCUUGGCUGAUAUUAUCUGUGAGAAAAUUGGUGAAGAAUGGCCUGUGCAUCUUGAUCAAUUAGUUGCUUUGAAGAAGUGGGCCAAGGAUCCACAAUUCCAACGCGCUGUAGCUAAGGUUAAGCAAGAAAACAAAUUGAAACUCGCACAAAUUCUUGAAAAGGAUUACGGAGUUAAAGUGAACCCUGCCUCGAUGUUCGAUAUCCAAGUGAAACGUAUCCACGAAUACAAGCGUCAACUCCUGAACUGCCUCCACAUCAUCACUCUCUACAAUAGAAUUAAGAAAGAUCCCACCGCUAACUUUACUCCUCGCACAAUUAUGAUUGGUGGCAAGGCUGCGCCAGGUUACUACAUGGCUAAGCAAAUCAUUAAACUCAUUUGCGCUGUCGGCAAUGUUGUCAAUAAUGAUCCUAUUGUUGGCGAAAAAUUGAAAGUAAUCUUCUUAGAGAACUACCGCGUUACUUUGGCUGAAAAAAUCAUGCCAGCCGCUGAUUUGUCUGAACAAAUCUCCACUGCGGGUACAGAAGCGUCUGGUACUGGUAACAUGAAGUUCAUGUUGAACGGUGCAUUGACAAUCGGUACUUUGGAUGGUGCCAACGUAGAAAUGGCUGAAGAAAUGGGCAGAGACAAUAUCUUCAUUUUCGGUAUGACUGUGGAGGAAGUCGAGGCCUUGAAGCAGAAGGGCUACAAUGCCUAUGAUUAUUAUAACAGCAACCCAGACAUCAGGCAAUGCAUCGAUCAAAUCCAAGGUGGAUUCUUCAGCCCCGGUAAUCCUAACGAAUUUAAGAAUAUCGCUGAUGUAUUAUUGAAGUAUGAUCGCUUCUUCUUGCUGGCCGAUUAUGAGGCGUAUAUUAAAGCACAAGAUCUCGUUUCAAAAACUUACCAGAAUCAAUCGAAAUGGCUUGAAAUGGCAAUCCAUAACAUCGCAUCAAGUGGCAAAUUCUCCAGCGAUCGUACUAUUGCUGAAUACGCCCGCGAGAUCUGGGGAGUUGAACCCACUUGGGAAAAACUCGCGGCCCCGCAUGAAAUUAGCAACUAGAUGUUUACUCUAUUUUGAUAUCUUAUUCUACGUUUUUUGUAAAGUUUUUGUUUUCUAUUGUUGUCGAAACCAAAGAAAUUGGAUAUUGAGAAAAACACAAAUAACUAAACUUUAAAAUUGAAUGACAAAUUUAGAAAAAAAAAUUUAAAGUAUAAAUAAAGAUAGGUCAAAUUAAUUUAUAUGAAUUGAAAGUUUUAAAGUCAUCAACUACCUGAUAGCGCAGUAAAGAGAUCCGAAAGCUACAUGAAAGCAAAGUCCCACUGCCAAAAUUCGUCAUACGAAUUCAGGUAAGAUAUAUAAGAUAAACACAUGAAUCUUCUAAGCCUGGUCAUUAGAGCGAUGAUGCUAAGUACUUUGAAACACAAAGCCAAUGAAAUUAUUAUAAAUAUUCUAAAUGUAUCUACAAAUUUCACGCGAACAUUUUUUCGGCUUAAUUGCAAACACUUUCUGCUCUUUAGUUUUCUUUUCAGUGUUUUUAAAAGUCAAGGCAUAAGCUUCAAAUCAACUAUCGAGUUAAGUAAAAAAUGGUGAAUACUAAGAUACAAAUUCUGCAAAUGUAUGAUAAAUUGUCGACAAACGAAACGGGUAAAUAAUUCUUAUAAAGUAAUUAAUCCACAGACAGAAAAUCCCGCAAAACGUUGACCUUAUCGAAUCUGAAUAUUUUUACAAUGGAACGCGCUUUUAAUUUCCUAAUAAAAUACAAACGCAUAAACUCAAACAGAAGAAACAGAUCCUAUUACCAUUGUAACUAUCACUAAAAAAUAAAGAAGAGAUUAUAAAACUGUUAUUGUAUAUUCGAAUUUUAUUCAUUUGUUAUUAAAAUAAAUUAAAUGUGAAAAGAAAA